AUGCGGCGCGCAUGCGCACUGACUGGAUUCCGAGCUGGCCGGGUUUCGCCAUUUUCUACACAAUAAAGAAAGUAACUAGCUAAAUCGGUCUGGUGUUCUUUCAACGAAACUAUAAGGGCACUUUGGCCAUUAAUAAGUUAUACCAAAACUCCGUGCGACAUCCGAGAAUGGAAGACGAAAGCCACCCAAAAACCCUUUACGUGGGAAACCUAUCUAGGGAUGUCACAGAGAACUUGAUCCUUCAGUUGUUCACCCAGAUUGGUCCCUGUAAAAGUUGUAAAAUGAUAACAGAGCACAUAAGCAAUGACCCAUAUUGCUUUGUGGAGUUCUUUGAGCACAGGGAUGCUGCAGCUGCCCUCGCAGCAAUGAAUGGAAGAAAGAUUCUGGGAAAGGAAGUCAAAGUAAAUUGGGCAACAACUCCAAGUAGUCAGAAGAAAGACACGUCCAAUCAUUUCCAUGUUUUUGUUGGAGAUCUGAGUCCUGAGAUCACCACUGACGAUAUCAGAGCUGCAUUUGCACCCUUUGGGAAAAUUUCAGAUGCUCGUGUGGUGAAGGAUAUGACAACAGGGAAAUCAAAGGGGUAUGGAUUUGUGUCCUUCUAUAACAAACUGGAUGCAGAGAAUGCCAUAGUACACAUGGGUGGUCAGUGGUUGGGUGGACGACAGAUCCGAACCAACUGGGCAACUCGAAAGCCCCCUGCCCCUAAAAGCGUGCAAGACAGUAAGCCCAUCACAUGUCUAGGCAGCUCAAAGCAGCUGAGAUUUGAAGAUGUUGUGAACCAGUCAAGUCCUCAGAACUGUACUGUAUACUGUGGUGGCAUCCAGUCAGGCCUUUCAGAGCACCUUAUGCGACAGACAUUUUCACCUUUUGGCCAAAUAAUGGAAAUCAGAGUUUUCCCAGAGAAAGGCUAUUCUUUUAUCAGGUUUUCCUCCCAUGAAAGUGCAGCCCAUGCUAUCGUGUCCGUGAAUGGAACAACCAUCGAAGGCCAUAUUGUUAAAUGCUACUGGGGUAAAGAGUCACCUGAUAUGGCUAAAAACGUUCAGCCAGUAACUGAACAAGUGGAUUAUGGUCAGUGGGGCCACUGGAAUCAGGUGUAUGGAAAUCCUCAGCAGUAUGGUCAGUACAUGACAAAUGGAUGGCAAGUACCAUCCUAUGGAAUGUAUGGACAAACAUGGAAUCAGCAGGGAUUUGGAGUGGAACAGUCACAGUCUCCUGCCUGGAUGGGAGGUUUUGGGACUCAGCCCUCUCAGGCACAGCCAGGUCCAGUGAUGAACCAGGCUAACUUUGGCAUGGCUGGUUACCAGACACAGUGAUCUGGUCCUUACUUUUCAACGUCUGAGUCACUUUGUGGGAACCCUCGCCUUCUCACUGGGAGGGGAUAAAGAGACUAAUAGGAGAACAUCGACUUUUUCCCAGAGAACGUUCAGAACUGACUUAAAUCAGGGUUUGCUUAAGUGUAAAGAAGCAAAUUUUGAUUAGACACACAUGGGAUGAAUGCCUUCAGCAGGAAACUGAAUUUAUUUGCGAAAUUUAUUUUUUUCUUGUUUUAAUGGAGUCGGAGAAAAUAAACUGCAUUUCCCCCACCCCCAUCCGUAUUGAAUAUAUUUGCUUGAUGCCAAUUGCAGGAAGUUCACAGGUACAUAGCAAAAAGUUGUACAUGUUUUGAAACUGAUGCUUUUUAAGUGCUUUCCUUUCUCCCCUUCCAAAUAGCUGAUCAUGUGUUUGCUUGUACAUCACAUUAUGGACUUCAAAUUUUGUACUGAAAGAAGAGAAACAAGCAUUCUGAUUCAGUAAACACAUGUAAGUAAAGGCACUUUUUGGGGUUCAUUGGACCCGUGUCUUGUAAAUGUUUAAGUGUAAAUGAAUUUCUAUGUGCAGUUGUGUAUAUUUAAUCCACAUUAGCUCCUCAUUUCUCUCAGAAUUCUAGAGUUUGAUACCGCGUGUAUGAUAUUCUCUUUUUACUAUGAUUUGCCGACACAGUGAAAUAUCUCAUUCAGUAUAGAGAAAGGGUCACUAUGGCUGAUUAUGUAAAUAACCUUUGAUAACUUGGUGUGGAAUAGGGUUUCAGAAUAUGCAUUCUUCAUUACUGGGUUGAGCAGAUCCACUACUGCUCUUCAUGAACGAGUGUGACUGAUGUGCUGAAUUGAUUCAGUGUUACAAAUAAGCCUUAAUUUUCAGUCACGCAACUUUCAAUUUAAAAAUUUGAGACCCUUGUAGAGAGUUGUAUUGUUGAUUUUAGAGCCCACCGUAGAUUUUGUCCAUUUGCAGUUUUGAAAAUACGCGUGCCAUUUUCUCUAGUAGCCAGAGAAAUGAGAUUUGGGUAUUUUUCUGGGGACUUUGUGGAUUUGAAAUGCAUGUUUCAAAUCACAUUGUUGAGGUUGCUUAAAGAAUCGAAUGUAAUAGGUAAAAUGUUUGAAUGCAAUUUAGCGUUUGAUAAUUUUCUUUUAAGUCUAAAUGAGUCUCAAUAAAUGAACCAUUGGACUAGAAA